CUUUACUAUGAAUCAGUCAAUUAAGUGAUACAUCCAUUGAAAUAGUAUGAUUGAGAAAUAUAUAAACUCCAUCUUUGAGGCAUUAAAAACACCCAAAAUGGUUGCCGUUCUUUGGAAGAAAUUCCUCAAGAAUUAACGUGGAAUGUAACAAACAUUGCGACAAAUCCAAGACAUUUGUGGACUAUUUGGAAAGAUGAUUAUCUCGACUAUCGACAACCAAUAGAUGGGAGAUAAAAAGUGUCCAGUUUACGUAGGAGCUAAGCCGGAUGUGAAAUUUCAUGAUUCAUGACUCCACUUCCGUUUGAUUUUUUAACUUUUUGUUCUGAUUUCACAAGGUUUGAUAGUAUUGGAAUAAUUCAAACUGACGGAUUAAAAUAAAAUAACUAAAUGAAAUGACAAGUUGUUGAACAGCCCAUUCACUUGAUCGAUCAAAUUCCUAAAAGUGGCACAAACAAAUUUACAACAAGUAAAAUGAGGGAAUACAAAGUUGUAGUUCUUGGGUCAGGAGGAGUCGGCAAAAGUGCCCUGACGGUAAAAUUUGUAUCGGGAACAUUUAUGGAAAAAUAUGACCCGACAAUUGAAGAUUUUUAUAGGAAGGAAAUAGAAGUUGACCACGCACCAUCAGUGCUAGAAAUUCUUGAUACAGCUGGGACUGAACAAUUUGCAUCUAUGCGGGACUUAUACAUCAAAAAUGGACAAGGCUUUGUUGUAGUCUAUAGUAUAACAAGCGUACAGACAUUUCAGGAUAUAAAAACAAUGCGAGAGCAAAUAAUUCGGGUUAAAGGAUUUGAAAAAGUGCCGAUUAUACUCAUUGGAAAUAAGUGUGACUUAGAGCAUCAGAGAGAGGUGCGUCAUGCUGAUGGACUUGCCCUCGCUCAAACAUGGGGAUGCCCAUUUAUGGAGGCAUCGGCAAAGAAUACUCACAAUGUAAAUGAAGUUUUUAUUGAAAUUGUACGAGAAAUGAGCACCAGUCCCGUAAAGGAAAGCGGAGAAUGCUGUUGUACUAUACUAUAGUGAUUACUAGUAGUAAAAGUUAACCAAAUAUAAGGGAACCAAACAAUGUAUUCAGCAAUAUUCUCUGACAUCACCAUGGUAACAAUAACCACAGGAACCACAGCAAUUGUAUAUCACUGGUAACAACAAUACCAACAACAAUAGGAAAGUAACCAAGUCAACAAUCUGAAUAGUAACAACAGCUAUAGUAUACCAGUAACCAUAGCAACCAUACAACUAUAUGGUGGCAGCACUUGUUAUGGUAUCAUUUAACUCAGUGACCAUUAAUCUCCAUGGUAAACAAACAUUAAAUGGAACAAUAGGAAUCAUUGCCAAUGACAACCAUAUGUUCCAUGGUAACCAAAACCAACAACCAAAUAUGGUUUUAAAUAUUGGUAUGGC